AUGGAAGAGGGAUGGACCCUGUGGUCAUGGGGGCACAUUUGUAAAGAAAAGAGGAAGGUGGUGGGGGUGGUCAACCCUCUGCACAUUACUCUGGAGUCUGUGUCCAGACGCGGCACGGAUUUGCAGAAAAGAAAAGAGCCGCCCUACAGUGACCCCUUCCUCCUGUUCCCCCCAAAAGCAUGCCUCUGUUCUUGGGCCACCUAUAGCUCCCAGAGUGGGCACGGCUGGCCAGUCUGGCUCACGCUCCUCUCGUUCUCAAUGAGCCUUUCUGCUGCCUGUGCCCCCUCCCACACGGCCCUGUGCUCCUACCCAGGAACUAUCCCCAGGCCCUGGUCACUUCGACUGGUGCCCUACAAGAUACUCUCCUCUUGGGUGGCAGCAGCAGCACUGCCUUGA